CUCUUAGUCCCUUUUCUUCUUCUUUUCUCUCUCCUCUUUUUUUUCUCUCUCUCUCUCUCCGGCGAAAUGGAAUCAAAGUGGAGCAACAUUCUAACGCCGUCGUCAAUUUUCACCAGCUUCGAAGAUCUCAAAUGGAUCACAACAGAGUUCGAUCAUGAACUUUUCACCAAGCGAGUCCAAACACCAAACGAAUCGGCCAACGACAACGACGUCAAACCGUGUAGAGUGGAUCCGUUCAUCGGCGUCGGUGAUGUUUGCUCCGGUAACAUCGCCGGUGCCGCCGAUUUUCGAAAUCUGGAUGCAGUGACUUCAUUUUCAACAUGUGGUGAACCAACAAAUAAUACUCUUGUAUGCUCCAAAAACCUCACUCCCAAGCAUUCCACCAUCACUGCAACUAUUGAAUCUCAGUCAUCCAUUUCUGCUACCGUUACCAGCCCAGUGUCAGCUAAUAAACCAAGCAGUAGAGAAAAUCAAGCCAAAGGAGUGACUACUACAAGUGGUUCAUCACGUGAUCCAUCUGAUGAAGAUGAUGAAGCAGGUCCUUGUGAACAAAGUACAAACCCUAUAGAUAUGAAGCGCCUUAGAAGGAAGGUUUCUAAUCGCGAGUCUGCCAGAAGGUCCAGAAGAAGAAAACAAGCACAUUUGGCAGAUCUCGAGGUUCAGGUUGAACAGUUGAGACUUGAAAAUGCAAGCCUAUUUAAGCAGCUUACAGAUGCCAGCCAACAAUUUCGUGAUGCUAACACUAAUAACAGAGUGCUAAAAUCAGAUGUUGAAGCUUUGAGAGCUAAGGUGAAGUUAGCAGAGGAUAUGGUCACUAGGGGCACUUUACCCACUUUUAACAACCAUCUUCUCCAAAAUCAGAACCAAUUGAACACCACCCUACCACAACUCAACGCUAGUAAUCUCCGCUGCAUGACUCACGUUUCGCCUACCAUCACCGUCCAUGGAAACGAAGCUUCAUAUGGUGUUAGUGGACAGAAUUCAGCAAUUGGACUUGGUGACUUUGAUAUAUCUUGCAGUGAUUUCAACAAUGGAGUCAAUAGUGAUGCUGUGAGCUCUUUGACUAGUAUAUGGCCAUAAAUAUUUUACACUACCAUAAUAUUGUAGUGUCCAGUUAGAAUAUCUAAGUUUGCGUAUGCUUGUUUUAUAUUAUUAGAUUUGCAUGUUAUGUUGUAGAAAAUAGUACUAUUUUCUAUAAAGACUCUAUAUAUAUACUUGGUGGUGUAUGUAUGAAAUGGUUUAUGGUUUAUUUUUCUUUUA